UCCUCAUAAGGGCACAGAAGAUGUCUGCAGCAAUGAGGGAGCACUACAUAAAUGAUGAUUUAUACCCUUCGGAGACAUUCUCAUAUCCUAUGAAGCAGGUAGACACUGUCUAUAUGAAUUCUUGGGACAUAAGUGAUUCCAUUAAUGUUUCUGAAAGCCACAUUAAAACCAAGACUAGUAAGGUGAGCAGCUCUUCAAUAAUGAAAAGACAACAAAAACUCUCUGGUAAAGGAGAAGCAGGCUGCUGUGGUAUGUCUGCCCACUCUUGCUGUUGGGUGGUGGUGACUCUUGCUGUGUUGCUGGUCCUGGGCUUGAUUUCCUUUGUAAUGUUCUUUAUACACAGUGACAAUAAAUUACAGGAUUUGAAAAAGGCAUAUGCCAUCUUAUCAGAAAAUCAUUCCUUCAUAGAAAAGGAGCAUGAUCAACUUAGGAAUAACUUCACCGAUUUGUCAAAAAAGGACAUGGCUUUUCAAAUUAAUCACAGUACAGCUGAAAAUAAAUUGCAGGAAAUGAAAAUGGCACACAAUAGCUUAUCAGAAAGUCAUUCUGUGCUAAACGUGAGGUUCAACCAUCUAACGAACAGCUUCACCCAAUUAUCAACAGACCACGAGAUUCUUCAAAAUAAAUACAACAGACUUUUAGAAAAGAAGUGCCCAGUUUGUCCACAAGGAUGGUUGACCCAUCAUACAUCAUGUUACUUCAUCUCGACUGAUCACAUGGAUUGGACAGCUAGUCAAGAUGAUUGUUUAGCUAAAGGUGGACAUCUGGCGAUAAUUGAGAAUGAAAGUGAGCAGAGAUUUUUGAAUAAACAUGUCGCCAGCUCAGAUGCAUGGAUAGGUCUGACCGAUUCAAAACAAGAAAAAAACUGGCUUUGGAUAGACAACACAGCACUCAAUUUAAGCUACUGGACAAGAGGACAGCCUGAUGAUUGGAAAGAAACUAAUCCAACUGGGGAGGACUGUGCUCAUUUAAGACCGUGGGCACACUCCCUAAACACCUGGCAUGAUAUAUCUUGUGAUUCCAGCAUGAAAAGAGUUUGUGAAAAAAGUUAAAGAAAUAUUAAAUUCUCUCUAAGCAGUUGCUUACCAUCUUAUUUACUUCAAAAGUCAUUCAUGUGUAAAUUUUAAUAUUUUCUAAUAUGUUUAAGUAAAAAAAAAAUCUGCUAGACUGAUUAGUUCUUUCUCAUUUGUAAACUUUUUCACGUUGUUACUCUUUAGGUUUUAUGUCACCACUGCUGCAUAACAAACUUUUGUAGGGGGAUUUUUACUACUUUGUUACCAAACUGAAACAUACAAUUGUUUUUGUUGUUUGUGAACUUUCUACCAUAUUGGUAAUUAAAUACCCCGUUAUACUGGUUCUCCUGUUAGCUUAGGUGACAUGGUGGGACAGUGGUUAGUGCCUCUACCUUACAGGUCUGCUGUCGUUUAGAAUCCUGUAGGCAUCUGGAUAGGCUUUUUUUCCAAAUAUUUUAGGUUUUUUUUCCUCAUUCUAAAGAAGUUAAAUGCAGAGUCAUUAGCAAAUGUUGGGCAAGUGUGAUCGACUGGAUUGGCUCAUGCUAUACAAUCAAUGGUAGAACCCUGAAAUGGAUAAGCAGAUCAAAUGAUGCAUGGAACAACAUUGUUCUGGAAUGUUUCCAGAAUAACUACAUGAACUCUACUCUCUCAAGGGAAAACAACAUACUGAAGAGCAAAUUGUUGUAUGAUGAUGAUGAUGAUUCCACUCAUCAACAGUGAUGCCAUAUGCUAUUCAUUGACUUUCUGUACCUACUUAUUACAACCACUCUUAGAAGGGUCUUUAGCCCACUGCAGAAAGGUUUUGAAAACUUGUUCAAAUGGAUUGGAGUCCUCUGUCUUUUAUAGUGAGAAAAAUACGAAUGGAAAUCAAAAAAGGAAUACAAAUAACUGAAUUUGUGUCAGUGAAUUAUUUGAUGGUGGCAGACAUCUCAUACCCCACAACCAAGAACCUGGUUUUAAGUAACAUAUCACUGAAAAUGGCCACUUUCGAAACAUUCCAGUUUAACUCUUACAACAUUUUUGGAUCAAAUUUGACCUGGUUUUGGGGUUGAAUUCACUAAAAGUACCCUAAAGUUAAUCUCUUACGGAUGAAAAAAUGCUUAUUUUUUUAUUUUCUUUUGGGUCAGUUUUAUCCCACCAUUGACCUUAAUGGAUUUUCUGCUACAUUUAAGGUAAUAUGUUUGUUCACCAUAUAUAAAACUAUCCAGAGUGUCAUCUUUUUUCAGAAUUGUGAAGGCUUUUAGUAAUGGGGCCUAACUUUACAAAAAAAAAAAUUCCCCAAAUACCCCGUUUGUGUUCAGCUUCUACAAAACCGGAACACUGCCGUGUCCCAUGUGUCAGUUUUGACCCACCAUAUACUUUUUUGCUACCCAUUUAAAAUGGUUUGUUUGUUCACACACUAUGCACACAUUCUAAAUGACAUUUGUUCUAAAACACCAUCACUACUACAGUUUAGGAUGGUCAAUUAUUAUAAAACAGGUUUGUGGUGAAAAAUUUCAUGCUCAAUGCACUGUAAAAGAUGGUGAGAGAAUUGGGUUAAGAAAUAACCUGAAACGCUCAGCUAUGUGUCAGCAUAUGAAUACUUUGUAAGAGGUUACUUUUAACAAUUUAGUUGGCAUUAUCUAAUUCAAACAAGUGGCAAAAUUGCUUGAUACAUUCACGUUUUCUUGAAAAAAUGGAGCUAGAUGAUUUAGGAUUUUAGAAUUUGGCCACACAUCAUUUAUAAAUCACUCUUCUUAAUUGUGUUAACUAUAAAUGAACUCAGCAAACAAUUUUAGAGCAACAUUAUAUAGAUCACUACAUCCUAAGAUCAAAGAAGUAUUACACAACAAAGAGAUAAUGAUUCAUAAUACAAGGGCAAUAUAAUAAGUUACCAGUGUUAAAUUAACUUCUACAGUGUUAAAACACUUAUAAGUAUAUAAAUGCUGUUAGGAACUUUACAAAAAAGAAUGUGCAUAACUUCCCUAAUCCACCUCCAGAGCCUACACUUGAAAUUUUUUUAACUAGGAGGGAGUUGGGAACAUGCGCUGAUAGAGGACAUUGACGCACCCACCACACAACGAACCACCUGGAUUGAGACCCAAGUUUAACCUCAACACCACACUGAAA